GCCUAAUAAAGGAAGGAAGCCCGUCGAAGGCAACACGAUAAGCGACCUUUCGCCGAGUCAACUCGUUACAGUAGCACACAACAAUGGAGCCUGCUGGUUUCGCCGUUGGCGUCGUCGGGCUCGCUGGUCUCUUCAGCUCCUGUCUAGAGGCCAUCGACAAGGUGCAAUCGUAUCGCUCAGCCCGGGCUGACGCAGACGUGCAAGACACCUUGUUCAAUGCCGCCAAAGCCCGCUUCGAGCAGCGGGGACGAAGCGUUGGGAUCGAUCAAGGGAGACUGCUGGACGAUCAUCACCCCGCGCUGGACGACAAAGGCAUAUCAACAUCUGUGCGCAACCUCUUACGCGUCAUCAUCAAGUUCAUCUGCGACGACAGCCAUGCGUCUUCUCGACGCUCGACCCAAGUCGCCGUGUUGGGCGACGACUUGUUGGGGCCGCACCAGUCGCGGCCCCGUCACGGCCCGUCGUCCGAGCCGAGGCGACGCAAACUGGCAUGGACUUUCUGGGGCAAGGGAGACCGCACAGAACAGGUCAAUCUGUUCGAGAGGCUAGUCCAGGAAUUGCAUAACCUUGUGCCGCCACGAACCGCACAGGGUACACGGCGGAUACACAACCCAGACAUUGGGCCGGCAGACGCUAAGGUACGUAGCCAAGGCGGUCCCUCUUAAGGUCGCACA